AUGCUAGGAUCGGAACAAUCCCAGGCAUCUUCCAACACUCAAACUAAAGAACAAAGAUUUCAGAAUGAAGUGCCAAUGCCUGAUGAAAGUGUACGUAAUGAGCAACAAGUUAGCGAGUCUGUUGAGGAAAUAUCCAGUGGAAACUAUAAGAAUUUUCAGGACCAAUCUUCAUCAACUAGGAAAAAGGGAAGAACUGCAUGGGAAGUUGAAGUGAUAAAUGAAGAAGGAGUUGUGAAGAAAAAAAAGAUGAAAACAAUUGACGUUUGGAGUCUUCCUUCGGGUGAGCGAGUCAUGGUUCCAUUCGAUAGUAUGCAAGCACCCACCUUGGAUGCAGCUGGAUUGUUGUCCGGUGUACUAUCAGAAUUAGCAAGGCAGGCUUCUUCAUUUCCGAUCAACUAUGAUGACUGGAGAAAAGUGCCAGGUCAAUAUAAAGAUGAUAUAUUCAACAAAUCACUCAUGCCAAAAUUUCACUUUGAAAAUGUCGAGAUAGCAAAACGGUGGAUUCUUAGCAAUAUCGGGAGAAAGUGGAGUAAUCACAAGUCCACAUUAUGGGUAGAAUUUUAUGACCCUUCUUUGACAAGAGAACAAUUAAUAAGCAAUUGUCCCGCUGGAAUCCAUCGAGAUCAAUGGUCAACUUUUGUUAUUAAUCGUUUAUCUGAAAAGUCAAAGGAGAUGUGUCGGAGAAAUGCUGAAAGUAGAAAGUGUCAAAAAAUCCCACAUACUAAUGGAUCUAAAAGUUUUGCUAGGAGGAGAGCUGAAAUGGAAAAUGAACUCGGGCGUAAGGUCAAUCGCUCAGAACUAUGGCUUGAUACACACAAAAGACAAGACGGGACGUAUGUUAAUGAUGAAGCUAAAAAUAAAUCUGAUGAAAUCAUACGGGAAAUGAGUCGAAGUUCGUGUUCUUCCCAGUUUCAGUUUGCUUUACCUGAUGACCCUAUUGGUAGGGUUUUUGGAAAGGAGCACGCAGGUCGUGUUCGUGGGGCAGGUUUUGGACCAUGUCCGACUAUUGCAUUUGGAUGUCGAUUUGGAUCAUCGUCUAAUAAUGGUCAAAUGAGAGAUUAUGUUGCUAGCAUGGAAAAAGAGUUGGCUGCUACGAAAUCAAUAUUGCGAGCUCAAAGUCUUCAGUUGGAAGCACAAAAUGUACAAAUGGAAGAUAUGAAAAAGAAUCUAGGUGGGGCUCUUGCUACAAUUUUCGAGAAUGCACUUGGAAAAAUACCCGAACAAUUUGCUAGUUGGCUAACCCAAACAUCAAAAAUUGGACCUUCGGAUGAAAGAAGUACUCAUCCACCUUCAUCGAAGAAUGAAAGAAGAGAUUCAUCAUCUAGUCGGUGA